AGCCGCAGUAACUCGGUCACCAGAGCUGAACCGCAGCAGAGAUAGCAGCAAGCAGGCACUUCCACGCUGCGCAGGCUAACUCGCUUUGGGCUUUGGUUCGAGAUGGAGACCCGUAGGACCGUGAGGAGCUCCAGCGCUCACAACUUCAAGAGUGGACUGUCCCUUUGGUUGAUUCUGUGGCUGGUGGUGGUGAAGCCAGGCGGGGUUUCUGCAUGUCCCAGGCUGUGUGUGUGUUACCCUACGCCCAUGACGGUCAGCUGCCAGUCCCAGAACCUGACCAUGGUUCCAGCUGGAGUACCCUACGACUCCCAACGAGUCUUUCUACAGAACAACCGCAUCACAGAGCUUCGCGCAGACUCCUUUGGCUUCGAGACACAGGUGCUUUGGCUGUAUGGAAACAACAUUACAUGGAUUGAGGCCGGCGCCUUCAGUAACCUGAGGAUACUGGAGGAGCUGGAUCUGGGUGACAACCCCUCGCUGCGGCACCUGGAAGGUGGAGCAUUCAGGGGGCUGGAGAAGUUGCAGAGCCUGCACAUGCAUCGCUGCAAGCUGGCCACUCUCCCCCAUGAUAUCUUCCACAAGCUGUAUAGCCUUCAAUUUCUCUACCUGCAGGAAAAUCAACUCCAUUUUCUGCAAGAUGACCUGUUUUCAGAUCUGGUCAACCUGACCCAUCUCUUCCUGCAUGGGAAUCGCAUCCGUGCCCUCUCUGAGAAUGUCUUCAGAGGCCUGGUCAACCUGGACCGCCUCCUUCUCCAUGACAACCGCAUCAAACAGGUGCACCGUCGGGCGUUCCGCGAUCUGGGUCGUCUGACAAUCCUUUAUCUUUUCAACAACUCUCUGGCCGAGCUGCCAGGUCAGACCAUGAAGGAUACCCAGGGCAUCCAGUUUCUGCGCCUCAACAGCAACCCCUGGUCCUGCGGCUGUGAGUCCCGUCCCCUCUGGGAGUGGUUCCGCAAAGCCCGCAUCUCAUCCUCUGAUGUCGUGUGCACCUCCCCAUCUCAGCGUCGUGGCCAGGACCUCCGAUUCUUGCGAGAGAUGGAUUUUGCCCUCUGCCCACUGCCUGAUCCAGGCUCCCUCGCUGGGAGCACAACAACCACCUUCAGCACCAAGACCCGCUGGUGGUUCUCCAAGAACAAGCCAGCAUCUUCAUCGAAGGCCUCAUACAAGAAGAGCUCAGAGAGUGUGAAGACCUUACCCAUCUCCCCUGUAAAGCCUCAGUAUCCUCCCAAGAAGCCCGCUGAAACCUUGCCUAUCAAGUAUGAACUGUCCGAGGACGAGGCAGCUCUUCCCAAGCUGGAUCUGGAAGAGUACUGGGCCAACUAUGGAAACGAAGACUCUUCUAUUCGCUGCAUCGACCUGGACUGUGCUCCCAGCUACGACAGUGAAGGAUUCCCCUCACCCUCCUCUCCAGCCACCGCUCCAUCCCCACUCCACCUCCUCUCCUUCUUCAUAGUAACACUCCUACUUCAUCUCCUUUUAAGUUGAACUGUUUUCUCCACUUACACCUUCUUUUUCCUCUAGAGUUUCCUUCUGCUCUUUCUUGUUAACAGUAAAGAAAUUGCGUCUUGAUUCUCUUCAAUUGCCUCCCACACAUUCAGGAGGGAUGAUUCAGUGAUGCAGGAGAUGAACGAGGCAGCAAGGAGCUGUUUCACAGAGCAGAGGUCAGAUUAGCUGAAGCAGAAAGGGCUACGUAAGUGCAAGUGAUCUGGUGGAGUCUUCAAAUACUACUUGUGAUGUCUCAGUUCAAACUUUGUAGGCUACAUGAUCCAAUGAUUAUCUAAUCACAAUUUAUAUCAUAGUAGUUGCAUAGAGGAGGGGAUUCACAGUCAGUUUGGCACCACCAGAAAUUAGAGAAAUAUGCAGAUGCUGAGAAGUAAUGGGAAUGAUGAAAAAGUUCAAAAUCUUACCAGCAAACAAGCACCUGUAAAUACAGCACAACAUCACUGUAGAUAUACUCAUUCCAUAUUGUACAUAGACCUUACAGGAUUUGUACUUUUAGUAAGAACAGUUUGUAUUAGGUCCAUAGAUUUGGAAUGGAAGGCAGCCUAAUAACAUGUGUUUGCUUGUACAGUUUCCCACAAUUCACUUUACGCUUACUUGCUUUUUUGUUGUUUCCUGGAUUGCUCUCAUCUUUAGUCUGUUAGAUUAUGUUUGUACAACUUGUUUAUGUGUUUCUAACCGGAACAUUUUAGACAAAAAGAAGAAUUUGAUGUAUGAAUGGUUCUGGAUCAACAAAUCCGCUGGUUCUUCUGGUUUCACCAGCAUGUAUGCAAAACAUGGUCCAACAGAGCAUGACAAUCAACAACAUAUAUCUGUUUAUUCCAUGAUGGAGCUGCAGCUUUCUGUCUCUAUCUGUAAAAAAAAAUGUUACAGUAAUGGAUCAACCCUGUACUGUCAAUCAAGGCCAUAUGUUUGUGACCAGCCCCCCAUGUUUCAUCUGAAUCAUGUCAGUUAGUGUCUAAACUGAUCAUAAAUUAUACUGUGAUGUUGCUGGAUUUUUUUAUUUUUCAAUGGAAGAUGCAAUUGAAGUGUGUUGUUUAAUUAAAAAAACCUGAAUUCAUAAAGUGA